GGGGGAGCUCCGUGCGUGCGGCGCGUGCGCGCGGCGUCGGUGUGUAUGUGAGGCUCUGACGGGUUCAAAAUGGCGGCGGCGGCUCCUGUAAGAGGACAAAGGCGCAGGAGAGACCUGGAGGAAGAGGACGACGACAGCAGUCCUGGUGUGUCCUUCUCGCUCUCUUCUGAGGAGUCGGAGAUGGAGCCCGAGGAAGAGCGGAUCCGUUACAGCCAAAGACUGCGUGGCACGAUGAGGCGGCGUUACGAGGACGACGGUAUCUCUGAUGAUGAGAUUGAAGGGAAGAGGACAUUUGACCUCGAGGAAAAGCUGUCCACUAACAAGUUCAACUCUACCUUCGUGGUCUUCAUGGAAGGCAAAGACUUCACAGUUGAGUACAUCCAGCGGGGUGGCCUGAGGGACCCACUCAUCUUCAGGAGCUCGGACGGCCUGGGGAUAAAGAUGCCGGAUCCGGACUUCAGCGUGAACGAUGUGCGGCUGUGUGUAGGGAGCCGACGGAUAGUGGAUGUGAUGGAUGUGAACACGCAGCGGGACAUCGAGAUGUCCAUGGCGCAGUGGGCGCGCUACUAUGAAACGCCGGAGGAGGAUCGGGAGAAACUCUACAACGUCAUCAGCCUGGAGUUCAGCCACACCAAGCUGGAGAACCUGGUGCAGAGACCUGCCACGGUGGAUUUAAUUGACUGGGUUGAUAACAUGUGGCCCAGGCACCUGAAGGAAAGUCAGACAGAGUCUACCAAUGCCAUCUUGGAGAUGCAGUAUCCAAAGGUGCAGAAGUACUGUUUGAUGAGUGUCAAGGGCUGCUACACAGAUUUCCACGUGGACUUCGGUGGCACUUCUGUGUGGUACCACAUCCACCGAGGGGGAAAGAUCUUCUGGCUGAUCCCUCCCACACCCCAGAACCUGGAGCUCUAUGAAAACUGGCUUCUCUCAGGGAAGCAGGGAGACAUUUUCCUUGGGGACAGAGUGUCAGAGUGCCAGCGCAUCGAGCUCAAGCAGGGCUACACAUUUGUCAUUCCCUCAGGUUGGAUCCAUGCUGUGUACACUCCCAUGGACACGCUGGUUUUUGGGGGCAACUUCUUACACAGCUUCAACAUCCCUAUGCAGCUCCGGAUCUACAGCAUCGAGGACCGUACACGGGUCCCAAAUAAAUUUCGUUAUCCCUUCUAUUAUGAGAUGUGUUGGUACGUGCUGGAGCGCUACGUGUACUGCAUCACCAGCCGCUCCCACCUGACCAAGGACUUCCAGAAGGAAUCCCUCAGCAUGGAUAUGGAGCUGAGCUCCUCAGACUCUGUGAACAUGGAAGAGGAGGAGGAGGAGGAAGAUGAUGAUGAGGACGCAGCAGGGAAGGAAUCCCGGCGCCCCAUGACCAGGAGGUCCAUUCUCACCAGCCCCAUUGCCAACGGUGCCAGUGUGGACUAUGACGAACUGGGCAAGAGCUGCCGGAGCAGCCUGCCAGGUCUCAAGAAGACCCCAUCCAUAGAUUCUUCCGACUCCAGCCGGGGCUCCCAAAACGGCCAGGCCUGGGACCCGAGCGGGGGCAGCCCCCGCAAGAGCAGGAAGGUGCACCUGACCCAGUUUGAGCUGGAGGGGCUGCGCUGCCUCGUGGACAAGCUGGAGUCGCUCCCUCUGCACAAGAAGUGUGUUCCCACCGGCAUCGAGGACGAGGACGCCCUCAUCGCUGACGUCAAGCUGCUGUUGGAAGAAUACGCGAACAGCGACCCCAAACUGGCACUUACAGGUGUCCCCAUCGUCCAGUGGCCCAAGAGAGAUAAGCUAAAGCUCCAGGCCCGGCUGCGGGUGCGCCUGCCCACCAUCCCCAUCACCAAGCCGCACACCAUGAAGCCAGCGCCUCGCCUGACUCCCGUCAGGUCCACAGUGUCUCCCAUCGUGUCGGGCGCCCGGCGGAGACGGGUGCGGUGCCGGAAAUGUAAGGCCUGCAUGCAGGGCGAGUGUGGCAUGUGCCACUACUGCAGGGACAUGAAGAAGUUCGGCGGGCCUGGCCGCAUGAAGCAGUCGUGUGUCCUCCGGCAGUGCUUGGCGCCCAGGCUGCCUCAUUCGGUCACGUGUGCACUUUGCGGGGAGGUGGAUCAGAAUGAGGACUCACAGGACUUUGAGAAGAAGCUCAUGGAGUGCUGUAUCUGCAACGAAAUCGUUCACCCUGGUUGUCUGCAGAUGGAUGGGGAAGGGCUUCUCAAUGAUGAGCUCCCCAACUGCUGGGAGUGUCCCAAGUGCUACCAGGGUGAUGACACAGAGAAGGGCCAGAAGCGGAAGGUGGAGGAGAGCGACGACGACACGGCGCAAGCCAAGGUGCUGCGGCCCCUGCGGAGCUGCGAGGAGCCCCUGACCCCCCCGCCCAACUCGCCCACCCCGAUGCUGCAGCUGAUCCACGACCCCGCGUCCCCCCGCGGGGUGGUGACACGCUCAUCCCCGGGCGCCGGGCCCAGCGACCACCACAGCGCCAGCCGGGACGAGCGCUUCAAGCGCCGGCAGCUGCUGCGGCUCCAGGCCACAGAGAGAACCAUGGUGCGAGAGAAGGAGAACAACCCCAGCGGCAAGAAGGAGCUGUCGGAGGUGGAGAAGGCCAAGCUGCACGGCUCCUACCUCACCGUGACACUCCAGCGCCCCACCAAAGAUGUCCACGGCACUUCGAUCGUCCCCAAGCUCCAAGCCAUCACGGCCUCCUCGGCCAACCUGCAGCACUCGCCGCGCGUGGUCGUGCGCCAUGCACCCACCAGGAUGCCCCUGCGGAGUGGGGGCGAUGAGGAGGCGGCUGCUGAGGAAGAGGAGGAGGAAGAGGACGAGGAGGAGGAGAACGCGGAGGAGGGGGGGGCAGCCCGGCUGAACGGGCGCGGAGGUCGGGCGCAGGAGGGUGAGGAGAGCUGUGUCCAGCGCGAAGUCUGGAUGUCCGUGUUCCGCUACCUCACCCGCAGGGAGCUCUGCGAGUGCAUGCGGGUGUGCAAGACCUGGUACAAGUGGUGCUGUGACAAGAGAUUGUGGACAAAGAUAGACUUGAGCAGGUGCAAGUCCAUCACCCCCCAGGCACUGAGCGGCAUCAUCAAAAGGCAGCCGGUCAGCCUUGACCUCAGCUGGACCAAUAUCUCAAAAAAACAGCUUACAUGGCUCGUCAACAGGCUGCCAGGCCUGAAAGACCUCAUCCUAGCGGGCUGUUCCUGGUCUGCGGUCUGUGCUCUCAGUACCUCCAGCUGCCCCCUUCUCAGGACCCUCGAUCUUCGGUGGGCAGUAGGAAUCAAGGACCCUCAGAUCCGGGACUUACUCACACCUCCAACAGACAAACCCAGUCAGGACAAUCGCAGCAAACUCCGCAACAUGAUCGACUUCCGGCUCGCUGGGCUGGACAUCACGGACGCCACGCUGCGCCUGAUCAUCCGCCAUAUGCCCCUGCUCUCCCGCCUCGACCUCAGCCACUGCAACCACCUCACGGACCAGUCGGCCAACCUCCUCACCGCCGUGGGCUCCUCCACACGCAACUCCCUCACCGAGCUCAACAUGGCAGGCUGCAAUAAGCUGACGGACCAGGCCUUGCUGUACCUGCGCCGCAUCUCCAACGUCACCCUCAUCGACCUGCGGGGCUGCAAACAGAUCACCCGCAAAGCCUGUGAGCACUUCAUCUCGGACCUGUCCAUCAACAGCCUCUACUGCCUGUCCGAUGAGAAGCUGAUCCAAAAAAUCAGCUAGAGCCCCUCCCCGGGGCAGACUGAGGAGAAGGAAAAGAGCCCAUCCCACCCCUCAGAGAGCCGCUCCUCCACCUCCCCCUCUUGCCCUGCGUGUCCUGCCGUUGCCUCCCACCUGACUCGGCAGGCAGGACCGUCGCUGGCCUCGCUCCACUGUCCUUCCUCCUCCUCCUCCUUCCCCGGGACUUCUGCCGAGGAAGAUGUCCCGCCAGGCUGGCCAGUACCAGAGGAGGAACGGGCACAUGGCAGGGAGCCUGGGCCCGGAGGCUGGCUGCUCCCGAGGCGGGGCUGCAACAGAGGCCUCUGUGCAGAGAAAUGGGGCACCCUCUCCCUCCAGCUUUUCCCCUUCUCCCUGUUGUCUCCUUGCCUUGAAACACUUGUCACUUCCCUGGUAGCACAAAGCUUGAGGGUCGAGGUCUCUCCAAGGAAGCGGGAGCAGAGCCAGAACACCCCAUCCCCCUCUGUGCCACGACCAGCUCGGCGCUUCCCUGCGCUCUUCCCCUCGUCUGGCUGCAGGGACUGCUGUCCAUCCCCCUCUUCUCCCACACAUGGGGCGGUUCUUUGGGCACGCAGGGCAGGAGCCCUGUGGCCGGGGUGUCCCGGGAGCAGGGGCUGGGGGAUAACUCGUCUGUCCAAAGGGAUGGAGCAGGAGCAAACCCACAGGUACACCGGAGCUCAGGGAGGACUCGGGAAGCAUCAGCCAGGGGUGAGUGAGCAGGGGACAGGAGCUGCCUCCUCUUCCUCCCCAGCUCUUGGCACCACGAAGCGCUCUGGGGCCAGAGGGGCGAGGGCUGCUUUGCGGCCUGGAACCGAACUGGCAUUGUCCUCUCCUUCCCCCCACCCCCUUUUCGCUGCCAGUUUUCCUUUGCAAUGAAUGGUUGGUCCAAAGAACCUCUCUCUAGGGCAGCAGAGAGCUUUUUGCACUUUAAAAAAAAAAAAAAAAACAACAAAAAAAGACAAAAAAACAAAACAAAAAAAAAAGACAAGUUAAAAAAAAAGGAAAAAAGGUUGGAAUCUUCUUUUUCUGGGUUACUGUUUUGUUUCCCUCCCUGUCCACGUGUGCCCGGAUGCUCCCCCUCUCUGUCCCCCUGGUGUCAGCACCCUGCUCUCUCCCUGGCAGCAUACCGAUAGCACAAUCCGGGGUGUCCCCUCCGUGCCACCACCGGUCCCCAGCCUCGCAGGGGUCCCCGGGGGGCAGCCCGCACCCCCCUGCUGCUUCAGAAGCAAUAAAGGAGGAGAGGCGGCCCACGGGGACUGUCCCUGGCAGGGGGAUAGGAGGGGAGAAUCCCGCAGUGCCUGGGACAAGGGGCAGCGUGGCCGAAGCGGAGCCGGAGGGCUCGGAGCAGGAAACCCCCACCGCCCCCCCCCGCCAGGCGAGAGGAGGAGCCUUCGGCCUCUCCCGGCAGUGGCUCCCGGGAAAGACGUCGGAAGAAUUAAAGCUUUUCUUUUUCCUUUGGAUUCCUUUUGAGUUUUGCAACGUGAAAGAAAAAUUUCCAGAGCUGGGGUUGAGGGGCAGGGUGUUCCCUCCUCCAUGGGGACAGCUCCCUCUUCCCGCCGUGUCCCCCCGUGUCCAGCCGCAGAGACUCCAGCGUGCGACCCUCCUCACCAACCCGGCGUGGUGCAAAUCCACGAGGAAGAAAAAAAGAAUUAUAUAUAAUAAAAAUCACUUAGUGAUUUAAAACCAACCUAGCCUGCUCCCUGAAGACAACUCCUGCAAGCAAAGUUACUUGUUUAAGGGUUUGGUUGUGGUUUUGUUUUGUUUCAAUCCCCCUUUCCCUCCCUUUCUCCUUCCUUCCCUUCCCUGGAGAAAUAUUGUAAAUAUCUAUUUUUUUGUUGGCGAUUUAGAGUUCAUCUCUGAUGUUUGUGCUUUAAAAUUAAAUGUAAGCAUUAAGGGUAAAAGUAAAUCAAGUCUUGCAUUCUCUCAGCUGCGGUUGGGGGUUCUUGGCUGGAGCAGAGGUAGGGCACCUACUUGGCAAGUGGGUUUGGUUUUAUUUUUGGGGGGUGGGUUUUUUGUAUUUUGGGGUUUUUUGCUUCCUGAGCCUUCUCCUAUCCCGGAUUUUUAGAGGCUGUUUGCUCAUACCAAAUUACCGCCGGUCUGAGUGAGUGUUGUGGGGGGAGGGAAAACCCCAGCCUCCCAAGGGAAAUAUUUUUAUUUCUUGGGGGUGGAUUUUUUGAAUUUAAAAAAAAAAAAAAAAAAAAAAAAAAGGAAAAA